AUGCUGGGCUCGACGGCCGGGAUGGCGGCAGCGGCGGCGGCUCAGCCCGGCCUGUCAGGGAAGCCCUUGGUGCUGGCGGCCUCUUCGUGCGUCUUGCGGCGCGCCGUGCGGGGCCUGGCGGGGCCAAGCGAGGGGCGUCCCUUUCCCCUGCGGGUCCCCCAGGCGGGCGAAGCGGCCCGGGCGGUCCUGGGGAACUCGCGGCCGUCGCCCCCGCUGCGAAGGUUCAUCGCCUGCCCCGACCUGGCGCGCACGGUGGCCUCGCGGCUGGGGCGCGGCCGAGGCCCGGAGCCCACCGGCAGGCGCCCGGCAGUCGUGCUGGAAUGCGAGCCAGGUCCUGGACUCUUGACCCGGACGCUACUCAAUGCUGGUUCCCGAGUGAUAGCACUAGAGAGCAAUAAUGCCUUUCUUCCUGAUCUGGAGUCUCUAAAGAAGAAAUUAGAUGGACAACUGGAAGUGAUGCAUUGUGACUUCUUCAGAUUAGACCCUAUUGGUUUUGAAUCAAUGAGGCCUCCUGUUAUGUGUUCUGAGACUCUUCUUGGGAAUUUGGGCAUCCUGCCUGUUCCUUGGGCAGCAGAUAUUCCUCUAAAAGUGGUUGGAAUUGUCCCACAGAAAAGGGAAAGGAACCUUCUUUGGAAGCUUGUCUAUGCUUUAUAUGAACGUAGUUCUGUAUAUAAAUAUGGAAGAAUAGAGUUGAACCUAUUUGUCAGUGAAAAAGAGUACAAGACUCUUGUUGCAAAGCCUGAAGAUACAAGAAUUUAUCAAGCCUUAAGUGUACUUUGGCAAACAGCCUGUGAUGUUCAGCUUCUGCACAUGGAGCCUUGGUCUUCAUUUUUAACCAAUUCAAGAAAUGGUGGACUCUCCAUACCGAAGAGUGUGCUGCUGCAGAAUGACCACUUAUGCUUAGUACGAAUGACACCUCGGAAGAAUUUAUUUACGGAAAGCUUGACAGCCAAUAAUUCAGGCAUAUUUAUUCUGAUGGUAAAACAAUGUCUUGCUAAAUGCAAGACAAAAUUAGUAGACAAAUUAAAUUUAUGGAGUUCCGACAGUGGGAAGAAUCUGUUGAGACAGCUAGAGAUACCUGAAAACAUUACAACAGGCCAUUUAUACCCAGAAGAGUACAAGCGCCUUUUUGAGGCUAUGGAACAGUCUCAUGAAUUUGACCAAAGCUGGCUUUAUGAUGAUGCCUUGGAAGACAAUAGGGGCAUAAAUUUUUGAAAUGAAGCCUGUGUACUUCAGAAAAGAAUCUUUGUGACUUUCAACAUGAUGCAAAAGAAAAA